GAUGUAUAAUCGUAUAUCUCGACGGCAUCAAACAGCUAGUAGUCUCUAGGUUCUCGGACUACCCCAGACCAUCCCGUACACGUUACGAUCUGGAGAGCAGGUCACAAUCUCUACUCAAAUCCGGACCCAAGUUUAUCAGUCGCUAGCACAUUCACUCAUUAACAACAACAGCCAGUCAACCUAUCAGAGAUCAUCCGCAUCCAGCCAUGUUCACUCACAACCCGUGGCUUGCUGGUGCGACCGGAUUGAUGGGACAACUAUCGGAAAUCGUCGGUAUCGCGUGGGAGCAGUUCGGGCAGACGAUGCGUCAAAGGGACCACGCCUCUAUGAUCGACGUCGCUGCUAUCAGUCAAAUCUUCGAUACUCAAGAACAUUCACCAUCAUCUCCGGCCGUAGCAACCUAUCACCAGCACACUCUGCACUACAAUCAUGACGAUAGCCUGAGCGAAGGCGAAUCUAUUACUAGCAGUGCCUUUGGUCCGGACGAGGACACUGCCUCUCUUUCAGCCUCAACUCCAUCUAUCGAAAGACCUAGCUCGUACGGAAUCAACCCAUCGCCUGCGGAGCUCGUGUGGAGCAACGAUCUCUGUAUGUCGGAGAUCUACGGUCAGAUGGGAAAGGGAACGCUCGUCGAGUGCCUCGUGCUAUCGAAGGACAAUGUCGAGAGGGUCGCAAAGGAACUGUAUCGGAGCAUGGAGCGAGAGAGGGUGAUGGACAUGUUCGAGUCGGGAUGUGAUCUUGGGCGACUAGGAACGAUGCUUCGUUACGUUAAAACCCUACAAAUCACGGAAGACGAGUGGAAAAAAUAUGGCGCCGCUAUUGAGUCACCAUUGCUGCUGUUUCCUCAACUCAAAACCCUCGAAAUAUGGGAUGAAUUGUCUCGAAGACUCUAUGCAGAGACGGGAUACGAUCCAGGUCUCAUCAUCCAGGAGAGGCUCAUCUUGCCUAGCAGACUGGUACUCGUCCGCAAAGGCUCCUUCAGGACUGAAGAAAUGCUUUUUCCUCCCACGGAACCAGGAAGCGCGACAACUUCCAUAUCGACCAUUUCGGCAGUCUGGAUCAGAGAUUGGCACAACGGUUACACCACCCUGACCAACCUACCUUAUCGUGAUCGUCUUAUGGCAUCCAUCAUAUUUCAUGUCCGUACGACCUUGGCAGCCAGAUCUCAGAAUCCCGAUUCGGUGUUCGCAAAUCUUAAUACAUUCGUAUGCAAGCACUCCGAGAAAAUCGAAGCGGAUGAUCUCGUGGCGUUAUUAUCCGUCUGUCCGAAGCUUGUCGAGCUCUCCGUCGAUAUAAAGGAAGACCCUCGAAAUGCCGACAAGAUAGGACCUGCGCUAGCGAGUAGGUCAGACACACUGAAGCUCGUCACCCUCGGCGGCGCUGCCAUCGAGUGGAUCUCGUCCCUCCGCAAAUGUCACCAGGUCUCCUUGACCUUCCGCAAUCUACCAUCGACCAACUGGUUGCAUGAAGCUACAGAUGAGGCGGUCUCGUCCCCUUCACAAGACUCUGCUAUGCAGUACUUGAUAUUACAAUCCGAAUGUUACUUUGCGCAACGGAAUGUUCCAGUCCUCGCUAGAUAUCUCGCUAGAUAUCUCGAAGUCACCAUCGGAGUCUCUACCGAGGUCAUUCCUACAAUAACGUGCCAUGAUGUCGGUCUGACUGGAUGGGUCAAGAAGAUUCGAUUCGCCGUCAAGCAACUAGGGAAGGAAAAAGCGAAGCGCAUCUACGACGGGCCAGGCUUUCGCUUGAUCGAAACUGCCCCCCAUGCGAGCCUGAACAGCGACUCUUGAUCGGACAAUCAGGCUAGAGCACUCACGACAGGAAACCAUACUACGAACACCCAAAAAGCCGAUUUACCUUAUCCGACAAGAGCAUGGCUAUGUCUCUGGAUCACUAUUACGAGUUCCCCUUUAUGCUAUUACCAAUCUCACGAACGUUCUUCACGAAUCUAAGAUGGCGUCUCAAGUCAUCGUCGGCUAUGUUACAGACUCUCGCUUAGUCUACGAGAUGUAGACUCUCGUCUUUGUCGAUUAAAAGCUCAUGAAACAACACAAUCGAUUUUCAAUUUCAAC